GCCUGGACUUCGCCCGGAGGGGAGGGAGGAGCACCUGAACCCUGUCUCCCUCUGCACAGUUCCCACCGCUGAGACAUGGCCACCAACAGCACUGAGGCUGACGCCAGCACCCAGGGGACCGCGGAGGCACCGGUACAGCAGCCCAGCGUGGUGGACCGCGUGGCCAGCAUGCCGCUGGUCAGCUCCACCUGCGACAUGGUGUCGGCCGCCUACGCCUCCACCAAGGAGAGCCACCCCCACGUGCGGACGGUGUGCGACGCAGCAGAGCGGGGCGUGAAGCCCCUCACGGCCGCCGCCGUCAGCGGGGCCCAGCCCCUCCUCUCCAAGCUGGAGCCCCAAAUUGCGACAGCCAGCGGGUAUGCCCACAGGGGCCUGGACAAGCUGGAGGAGAGCCUGCCCAUCCUGCAACAGCCUUCUGACAAGGUGCUAGCGGACACCAAGGACCUUGUGUCCUCCAAGGUGUCGGGGGCCCGAGAGAUGGUGUCCAGCACUGUGUCCAGCGCCAAGGACAGCAUGACCAGCCGGGUGACGGGGGCGGUGGACGUGACCCGCGGCGCUGUGCAGAGCGGCGUGGACAUGACCAAGUCCGUGGUGACCAGCGGCGUCCACUCGGUCAUGGGCUCCCGUGUGGGCCAGAUGGUGCUGAGCGGGGUGGACACGGUGCUGGGCAAGUCCGAGGAGUGGGUGGACAACCACCUACCCAUGACCGACGCCGAACUUGCCCGCAUCGCCACCUCCCUGGAGGGCUUCGACAUGGCCUCCGUGCAGCAGCAGCGGCAGGAGCAGAGCUACUUCGUGCGCCUGGGCUCCCUGUCGGAGCGGCUGCGCCAGCACGCCUACGCGCACUCGCUGGGCAAGCUGCGCCACACCAGGCAGCGCGCGCAGGAGGCGCUGCUGCAGCUGUCACAGGCGCUCAGCCUGAUGGAGACGGUCAAGCAGGGGGUGGACCACAAGCUGGCGGAGGCGCAGGAGAAGCUGCACCACAUGUGGCUCGGCUGGAAGCAGAAGCAACCGCAGGGCAGUGAGAAGGACCCGGCCAAGCCAGAGCAGGUGGAGUCGCAGGCGCUGACCAUGUUCCGGGACGUGACGCAGCAGCUGCAGGGCACCUGCGCCUCGCUGGGGGCCAGCAUCCAGGGGCUCCCCGCCAACGUGCUGGACCAGGCGCAGCAGGCCCGCCGCCAGCUGGAGGACCUGCAGGCCGCCUUCUCCGGCAUCCACUCCUUCCAGGACCUGUCCGCCGGCGUGCUGGCCCAAAGCCGCGAGCGCCUGGCCACGGCCCGGGACGCGCUGGACCGCCUGGUGGAGUACGUGGCCCAGAACACGCCCGUCACGUGGCUCGUGGGCCCCUUCGCCCCGGGCAUCGUCGAGAGGCCCCCGGAGAAGUAAAGGAAGACGCCCGCCACACCACAUCCCAGCCAGGCCGCUUCUAACUGCUCCCCGUCCUCGGCUCCCACCUCGGGACCCAAACUGAGGCGUCGCCCCCACUGACCCUCCUCACAGUCCCUCUGAGCUCGGAGCAAGCACCUUCUGAGUCUCACCCCGCAGCCAGUAGAGAGAAGUUUCUAUAAAAAAAAAAAAAAUUUUUUUCAAGGCCAGCAGGUGGCGUGGUGGUUAGGGCACUGGACUCCCACAUGGCCACCUGUGGUUUGAGCCC